CGCGCUUAAAAGGUGGUUGUGUGAACCUGCGUACCCGAGUUCCCUUCGCUGGACCCCUCAAAUUCUGUACCAAGCGUCGAACUUACAGGAUUUGACGUUCGUAAAUAUGAACUAAUAUACAGACAUAAUUUUGAAAAUUCAUUGGACGGUGAACUUUAAAUUCACGACGUACGCGUCAUAGAUAGUUUUGUCACUAUGAGAUGUGUUGUAAGCUCAGGUGCUUGAGAAUGGCGAGGCUUGGACAAGGUAUGUGUUCGACACGAAGCUCGUUUGUAGUGCACAACCGGCGUGAGUGCCGGCUGGUGACAGCGGCUGUAGGACGGCCCCACACGACGCUGCUAACAACCUCAUGGAAAUGUCAGAAGCUUGCACUGAUGCUGGCACUGCUUACGGCCCUCACUCCCACCGCGUCAGCUAUCCAGUGGUUGGCGGUGUCGCAGAUGUCGAGCCUGGCGUCAGUGCCCCAGCACGCGGGCAUCUGCAAGGGCCUGAAGGGCACGCUGGUGCCCCAGCAGGUGCAGUUCUGCCGCGAGAAUCCUUUCUUCAUGGAGGCUGUCAAGCUGGGCGCGCUGGAAGCCAUCAAUGAAUGUCAGUUCCAGUUCCGCACGCAGCGCUGGAACUGCUCUGCUCUCGCCGCUGCCAACGGCAACCCUUACUUUCCGUUGCCUCGAAAUGUGCGGAACGACGUGAUGCAAAUGGAUGAGAACGACAGAAAUAUCAGCGGCGCUCGCAGCCCCAAUGAAUAUAAUAAACUACACUCUGCUUCCAACAGAGGCCCAAACACCAAAAAGAAGAGACAGUCUCCUAUGGCGGCAAAAUUGAAAUCCGGUCCGAUUGACCCGUAUAACAAAAACAGUCAAAACAGGAACUCAUACGGCACUCAUCAUUAUGCACAACAACAUGGCAAUAGCUAUAACUAUAACAACAAGUUUUCUUAUAACGUCAAACGUGAGGAACAGUUCUAUGCCAGUGGCGUCAACAGAGCUGCUGAGAGCCUCAAAGCCGUUCCAACAGACGUCUUGGAUCAUCGCUACAACGAUGUAACUGACGCCACGAUUGCAUACAACAGCAACAGUAACAACAGAUCCGUGCUGUCUCCGUCUGACGUCAUCAUUCCUGACGUAUCGACGUCUACUUCUCGCAGUCCCAGCCUCAGCACCUACACCGAUGGACCUCUCGAGCGACCGGACGAACCGUCGCGUGUGGAAGAUGAUGAAGAAGACCGACGUCGACGCAAGCGGCCGCGUCGAAAAGACAAGAAGAAUCGACGUACGUCGGAUAACCGGAAAGACAAGAAAGUUUCAUCUUCCCUCGUUCCCUUUCCGUUCCCUGUCGUGCCACGAGGCACGAGGGAGUCUGCGUUUGUGCACGCCAUCGCGUCGGCGGGCGUCGCGCACGCCAUCACGCUGCGGUGCUCGUCAGGGGCGCUCGACGACUGCGGGUGCGACCACUCUGUCAAGGGACAGACCGCCGAGGGCUUCCAGUGGUCGGGCUGUUCCCACAACAUCGCUUACGGAGUGUCGCUCAGCAAGCGGUUCGUGGACGCGCGCGACAAGAAGAAGGUGCAGCGCGCACAGCAAGCCAUGCGCCGUCAGCCGCGGUCCACAGGCAAGCGCAACCGCGUGGCCCGCGCGCUCAUCAACCUACACAACAACGAGGCCGGGCGCCAGCUACUACAGCAGGACAUGCGUGUUGGCUGCAAGUGUCAUGGCGUCUCCGGCUCUUGUGAGCUCAAGACUUGCUGGCGGCAGAUGCCCGCAUUCAGAGAGGUCGGCGAGCUACUGAAGGAGAAGUUCGAUGGCGCCACGGAAGUGAAGCUGAAGACUGUCGCGGGUCGCCUGAAGCUGAUCCCUAACAAGCAGCUCUUCAAGUCCUUGGCUGAGGAUGACCUCGUCUUCGGGGCGUCGUCUCCCGAGUAUUGCGACUUCGACCCUUCAGGAGGAUCCCUCGGCACCCACGGCCGCGUCUGCAACAAGACGUCAGGAGGAGUGGACAGCUGUGACCGCCUGUGCUGUGACCGCGGCUACACCAGCAGCCAGCAGCUGGUGCAGGAGAGAUGCUCAUGCAAGUUCCACUGGUGCUGCUACGUCGAGUGUCGCACCUGCCUGAAGGAGGUCACUGUGCACACCUGCAAUUGAAAUUUCUCUUGCAUUGAAAAAAUUAUUGCUUUUGAAAAUCGAAUCGCCUGAGAUAACUCUUGAGGAGUUGCUAAUUAAAAGUUCUUGGAACACCAUAAAGAUGCUAGGCGGUGCGUCGAUCAUACCGUUCAUCUGUUGCGACCACUUAGCAUCACUCAGAACAUAAGUUUUCUGUAAUUUUAUUGGUUACAUUGACUAAUUGAUUGAAGGCGCACACGAAAAAAUUUGAACACCUGUUGUCCACCAAUCGUGAGAGACUUGUGACCCGGUCAGUGAGAUGCACGGAGGAACAGCUACUUCUAUGCAUGCUGGAUGCUUAGAUUUUUAUCGACUGAACGUUGAUAAUCUUUUUUACUUUUGGAUCAACGUAAAGAUCAGCUUUUGUUGUCAAGUGUACGGAGGUGCACUGCUGCAUAUAAGGAAGCGUUAAGACGAACCGAAGGUAUUUGAACGACGUGGAUGUACUUUUUGAUGUUAAAAGUACGAAUGUAAACAUUCACGUUUGUUUGCAACGAUCUAUAGAACAAUCUUAGGCUUGUAAAAUCUCUAUUUUGAGACCAAAAUCGAGUUAAAUAAUGCAGCUCAUGUGCCGUAUUUAUUGUAGCAACUAACAACGCUUCACACGCGAAUGUUGCAUUCGGAUAUUCGUUUAUGCAGCCCAUCUUGUAAACCACAUUUCGGUGUUCUGAUAAUCAUGUCCCCAUGACUGAAGUUUUCUUAUGAAUUUUAAGGAUUUGUAUUUGUUAUUGUAAAUUGCAAUGUUCUUCUUAAGUACUUAUUGCAAUUGGCUCGUUAAUGAGACUAUGUCUUACGAGCAUUAUUGAUACUUAAUUAAUGUCUCUGUCAUUCAAGUUUUUGAAAGCGACAUUUUUGUUUCUCUUUGGUCGUUCAAGCGCAAGAAAUAAUCACACGAAAAAUAUUUCGUGAGCUUUAGUUUGUUCAGUAGAACUCAACUUGGUGUUUACUUCCUGCUCUAAUAACAUUAACUUGAAUCUCAAAAUAGAACUUUUGUGGCACGUUCGUGUAGAUACGCAAGUUCUCAUGCGUAAGUUCUUAUUCAGUACGAUGAUUUACCAGAUAAUAAUGAUGACCUUUUGCCUUUCCGGAACUCAGGACAAUGUCAACGCGUAUACGAAAUUUGCCUCAUAAAUGUAUAUUUCUUUUUCUGAAUAACCAUUUUAUUCAUGAAGAUGUGAAUGAGAUGCAGCAUCGUACGCACUAGUUUCUUCUCACUAGAUUCAUAUUUGAUCGUUUCGUGUACAGGAAUAGUAACAGUUAUACUGGAUACAUUAAUUAAUUGUCACUUUAGCAUAAGACUUAUUGCAUUUAUAGCUGUUUGGAUAACGACUGUACAAAUUUAAUUUUACUUCUCGGAAUAAAUUGUUAGAAAUAUGGCAAUGAGCCAUUUAGAUCUGCGAAAAGUAGGAUCAUAGAAUUUAACAAAGUAGAAUUACAGAUAUAAUGUAUGUUGGGUAUUCGUCUUGUAUUGAAAUUCGCCAUUUCCUGAACGGCUUUAGCGGAGAAAAAAAUCAACUUAGAAUGAAAAGUAAUUUCAACGCAUAUUUGUUUUGAGGACAGACUUCACCUAACUAUACAUUUUCGAGUCGUAGUGUAGAUAGCAAUAAGCUGAGAUAGCCCAUGUCAACUUCGUCCUAGAUUACGCUCCAUGCCUAAAACCAUUAAGCGAAGGCACGUCCGUCCUCCUAAUAUUGGCUUCUUGAUUCUCCUCAAGUCAGUGAGUUCUUGUGGAAGAAAAUGAUCACAUGCUUAUCGUUGAUGAUAAAGUUCACAUAUCUACACUUCCUAUUCAGGCUCCUAAGAUUAUGCUAAUGUGUUUAACACGUACACGGCCAGCAGUUAGAGAUCCGUGCAACCGUCAUUUGGAGGAGGAUUGAAUUAACAUUAUUAUGUUAGUGAAGAAAAUACACGUGCGCAGACAUAUAUAUUUUACGUAGGAACAACACGAUAAUAUCUGCUGUUAAAUUGGACACUUCUCAUAAAAUUAUCCUCGAUACAAUUGUCAACUCACUAUUAUUAUAGGUAUAUUCGUUCAUAUCUGUGUAGGGUCUUUGUACAUAUAAACUGGUCUGAAUUAUUGUAAGGCAGCUUCCAAUCUCUGUCGUAACGAUAAAAACUAUUUCUAUGAGACACGAAUAUAACUUAGUUAGAAUAAACCACUUAUUUCAUCUUACGCUCUAGUGCUCGUAAACAAACAAGAAGUGUUAUCGUAUUCCAAAUAGGAAUUAAGCAGAUUCCAAAUCUAUUGAAAAAUGUAUUUCACCUUGCAACUCCCCAACUAUUUAGUUUCGACUAAAUUUCUCUAAAGGUCAUUAUAAGCCCAUGAUACAUUUUUUGAUGCCAUUUAUCAAUUACUUACUUAAUAGUAUAUGUUAUAAAAUGAACAGGGUCAAAAUUUCAAAUGUAACAGGCAGCAAAUGGCAUUUUAUUUGUACUUGUAACAAGCAAUAUCUGUUGAAGUGAAUGCCGAUCUCCUCCAUGGCUCGUUGCAUUCUAUAAGCUUUGUCUGAAAUCUACGCUAUCUCACGUAUACAGCAUGGAGCAAACCUCCUUCAUUUAUCGUAUAUUUUUUGGCGCAUAAGUUGUGUUUGAUGUCUGUAAAUAUAUUAUUGCUAGAGUGUAAUUAAAUUUACUUAGAAAAUUUUGUAAAUAAUCAUUCAUCUCAUUAUCUAAUUUCGAAUAUCACUUGCGAUUUCUUUGUGCUUUAACGACAAAUCGAGCAAACAAA